GGAAGCACACAGAAAAAAGUAAACAUGGUCUGUGUCCUCUCUCUCUCACACACACUCUCUCUCUUUCUCUCACACACACACAAAUAACAAGCCAAUGCGACACUUCUUUCUCCAAUGCAAUUGUCUUCUUCAUGUCCAACAUCACUGUCUCUCUCUCUCUCUCUCUCUCUCUCUCUCUCUCUCUCUCUGGUCCUUCCCCUUCAUUUAUAGUGCAUAUCUAACACUAGAUGUUCCAUAGUUCUUCUUCUUUAAUAACAAGCCUACCGUUUGUGCUUUGAGAAAGAAGCUAGCUUUUCUUCCCACACUUCUCUCUAUAAUUCUCUCUCUCCCCUCUCUUACAUAGUAAACCAAAUAGCUCGGCUCAAAUUGCUGACAUCCCAUAGUGCAAAUUAAGAUGUCUGGUAGAAGGUCGAGGCAGUCAUCCGGGAGUACUACUUCUAGGAUCUCGGAUGACCAAAUCAUUAGUCUCGUGUCGAGGUUACAGCAACUUCUUCCUGAGAUUCGAACUAGGCGCUCCGGUAAGGUUUCGGCAUCGAAGGUGUUACAGGAGACAUGCAACUACAUUAAGAACUUGAACAGAGAGGUGGACGACCUGAGCGACCGGCUUUCGCAACUGUUGGAAACCAUCGAAGCCGAUAGCGCCGAGGCUGCUAUUAUUAGGAGCUUGAUUACGGGAUAGACGAUUAAUAUAUAAGCUCGAUCGUACUAAUAGCUAAGCUAGAUGUUGUUGUUUCUAGGGUUUGGUCGGUACUACUAGGCCAACCAUCGGUUAUGACAUAACAAUAUAGUGUUUGUAUAAUCCGUUGUAAUAAUUACUUGAGAAGUACUAGAGAAAAUAAUCAAGAAUGUUUGUACUUGCAAAUCCUAGCUUAUGGAGUAAUCUAAGUUUUCCAAAUUCA